CUAGAUAUCAUCCCUGCUGUUCUUUGCCUCCCUGCUUCUGCUCUUUCUGAUGCCAUUGCACACUCGGCUUGCUUGGCUGCUUGACAAGAUUCCCCUCGGCCGUUGUGCUGUGCUCUCAGUGCCCGACUAGGCGUGUUCCAUACAUUGCGUACAAAUCUUCUCUACGUUCUCCUCUUUACCAUAGGAGCGCUGUCCUCCCGAUCGACCCGCAAUCGCUGGUUAUGGCCGCCAGCAUGACUCUGGAUGUGGGAGCCGUGCGGUGCCGCGAUGUCAAGCUGCUAGGGAAUUCGUCUUUCACCGCGAGCGUGGAGUUCCGGAACGCCGUUAAGAUGCCGGUGAACCCGGCGAGCAGCCGGAGAUCCAACGGCUGUCGGCUAUCGCUGCGUGCGGCGAUGAUGGAGUCGCCGCCUGUGCCGAUGAAGAGCCACGAGGAGCGAAACCUUCCGCACAUCGAGCAGAUCAAGGCGCUCUCCCUCAUCACAGCGAUCAAGACUCCCUACCUGCCGGACGGCCGCUUCGACCUGGACGCAUACGACGAGCUGGUGCACCACCAGAUGGAGUGCGGUGCAGAGGGGUUGAUCGUGGGCGGGACGACGGGCGAGGGGCACCUGAUGAGCUGGGACGAGCACGUGAUGCUGAUCGCGCACUCCGUGUACUGCUUCGGGAACAAGCUCAAGAUCGUGGGGAAUACCGGGAGUAACAGCACAAGGGAGGCCAUGCACGCGACGGAGCAGGGCUUCGCGGUGGGCAUGCACGCAGCGCUGCAGAUUAAUCCGUACUACGGCAAGACGUCGCUUGACGGGCUCAUGAGCCACUUCGACGCGGUGCUGCCCAUGGGUCCGGCCAUCGUGUACAACGUGCCGGGCAGAACGGGGCAGGACAUCCCUCCGUCGGUGAUUGAGGCCAUCGCUACUCACGAGAACUUUGCGGGGGUGAAGGAGUGUGCGGGCAACGAGCGCAUUCACGGGUACGCACAGAAGGGAAUCGUGGCGUGGAGCGGCAACGACGACCAGUUCCACGACGCCAAGUGGAACCACGGUGGUCAAGGCGUCAUCUCCGUCGUCAGCAACCUCGUUCCAGGAAUUGUGAGCCAGCUUGUCAAGGGAGGACCGAAUCCUGAGCUGAAUGCAAAGAUUGCUCCUCUUGUGAAGUGGCUGUUUGUCGAGCCUAACCCCAUCGGCCUCAACACUGCACUGUGCCAGCUGGGGCUUGUCCGGCCUGUCUUCCGCCUGCCAUAUGUUCCGCUCAAUAAGGAGAGCCGGCAGAAAUUUGUGGACAUUGUGCACGAGAUUGGCUUGGAGCACUUCCCAGGGGCGAAGGAUGUGCGGGUGAUGGAGGACGACGAGUUCCACAUCAUCACACGGUUUUACUAGGGGAAUGUUUGGCUUCUUGAAGCCGAUGGUUGGGUGCUUGGUUCCAAGGAUGUUGGGUAGAUAAGGGAUGUUGUAAUUUGGGCCGCAGGUUUUAGGGGUUGCACAUGAGGACCAUUUGAUGUGGUUUUUUGCAAGGAGCAUUUUGCAUGUCUUGGUCCUCAAAUGCUGAUAUGUUUGUCACAGUUCAUCACGAACGC